AUGGUAAUAAAUACUCGUCGAGUUUCCACACAAUUGAAUACUAAAAAGCGAGUCAUAAGAAUGCUAUGCGUUCUGGUGUUGGAGUUUUUUAUAUGUUGGACACCUGUGUAUGUAAUCAACAUAUGGGCACUCUAUUGGCCCAAACAAAUCUAUUCAACUUUGAGCCCAACAAUUAUAUCAUACAUACAUUUGUUAUCAUACCUGAGUUCGUGUACCAAUUCUAUCACGUAUUGCUUUAUGCAUAAAAAAUUCCGAGAGAUAUUGUUUCAACUCUAA